GUUUUCUCCCCCACUAAACAUUAAGUGAUCUCCAGCAGCUUUCUCUUCAGGUGUGGGCUUUUAAGAUCUGGGUGAUAAGGUCAGAGCAGUCAUGAUGGUGAGGAUGCUGACAGCAAGCAUACUACUGGGUGUCUUCUUUCUCUCAGGUGCACUGGCUAAAUGUCCCGUUUUUGUUCAAGACCUCUUCAUUGAUACGCCAGAGACGAUGGAAGCACUGAAAGGAUCUUGUUUGCAUAUCCCAUGUACCUUUAGGCCUAGAAUAGAAGGAAAAUUUGACAGCACACAGCCAAUCAUUGGACUUUGGCUUAAACAAGUCUCUGCUGAUACAAACAAAGUGGUAUACCGCAGUGAUUGGAAAACCAAUGAAUAUCCAAUGAAUAUAACUGGAAACCUCAAUCUGAAACAAUGCACCACUUUAUUCUCUAAUUUAAUCCCAACAUAUGAAGGCACAUACUUCUUCAGAAUGGAGAGUGAAGCAUUCAGAGCAACCGCUGUUCGUGACUGUCUUCAAAUUAAAGUGAGAGAUUCCCCUCAAGAACCAAUCAUGGAGAUUCCUGUUGAUCUGAAGGAGAAUGUGUCUGUCAAUAUAACGUGUUCAGCUGUCACUCCCUGUCCACUCUACCCUCCUAAACUCACCUGGAACGUCAAAGACUCUCACAACACCAAGGAGGAAAACCAAGAUGGAACCUUUACAACUAAAAUCCAGGAGACCAUCACUCUGACAGACAAACAUGAUGGAUACAACAUCAGCUGUUCUGCUACUUAUCCUGUGAAUGCAGGAAGAGACAACAAGACAGCAGAGGAGACAAAGACUCUCAGUGUUUCAUAUGCUCCUAAAGACACCUCAGUGUCCAUCAGUCCACCAGGUUUGCUGUCAGCUGGUGUUAAUGUGACCCUGAGCUGCUCCAGCAGAGCCAAGCCUCGUGUCAGCAGCUUCACCUGGUUCAAGAUGAGCUCAGAUGGACCCAUGAACGUAUCUGAGGGAGAGAUUUACAGCUUUAAUGUGACAGAAGGAGGAGUUUAUUUCUGUGUGGCCAAGAAUGAUCUUGGGGAUGAAAGAUCAUCAGAGAUUCAUCUUCAUGUUGAAGGAGCACAACAGCCGGAUAGCUUUUUAACGUGGUUAGCAGUCAUUAGAGGAUUGUUUGUGAUUGCAGGUCUCAUUGCUGUGGUUGCAGCGAUUCGGUGGUUUAAGUUGAAACGUUCAGCUCUCCAACAGACAGAGCAGAGAAUGACGUCUAUAGAGCUGACCGGACAAGAGCCAUCCAGAAUAUCAGAGAGAGAGAGAGGACACACGCUAUUGAGAAAUAGACUUCUCCAAGUUUGGACAUGAACUGUCCUCCACCUCAGCGCAGGACAGAAGACAACAGCAGGAGAUGGUGUAAAAACUAAUCUGAUUUCUUUUGUUUAUGACAUGGUACUUUCUUCAGCAAUAGCUCAAACCCUUGCUGAAGUUUUUAUCCUGUGUGUAUGUUCAAAGAUAACCCUCAGUUUAAACUUAAUUUUACAAGCUUUGAGCAUUACAAAGUUAAAGCACAUCA